AAACUACCUAAAACAGAAAAAGGAAUAAAUUAAUAUUUUUCUAUUUAUCCAAACUGUGUACGGCGGAGCUAAAUGAAAAACAUUUUUUAAAGAGCCAUCGUGGUUGGUUACUAGGGUGAAUUAAAUCAAUUGAAAUUUGCCUUCAAGGUCAGGCUGUUGUAAAUAGUCAUUAAAUAUCUAACAAAAUAGUUAAUAUCAUAUAUGAUUAUCAUAUAAAAAUGAACGACAGUGAAAUUGAUAUCUUGAAAGCUGAAUUGGAACAUGAAAAAGUGUGCAGAGAAACAGCAGCCUGGCAAAAUGGAGAGCUGGAGAAACAGAUCGUCAAUGUGCAAGAAGAACUGCGGCAGAGUGACUUCUCCUGGGACUUUGAUGAUGACCUGCAGAAGGAGAGCAACCGACACAAGACCCUUCUGGAUGCCAUUGAAACUCUACGGGAACAACUGCCCGCCCUUAAAAACAAGAUCAAGAAUGCAAAAAUUUGUGGACCUGAUUGUAAGCUGAAACACGACGAUUUGAACAUUAAUUUGGACAUAUUGACUCCAGCGGAGUUAUUGCGUACUGUGAAGAGAUUUGAGCGACUCAAAACAGAUUUGAUCAGUACUCUUCGCAGCAAAGAGUGGCGAUUGGAUUCCGAAUCAAAGUUGUUCGUGAGAGUGAACGACCAGAGAACGUACUUGCAGAAUGAGCUGAUGAUUUGCCAAAAUAACAUCAUGCGGCUGCAGAGAAAUGGAUCAUAUUGGCAAAACUCCAGAAAAAACGACGAGAGAAUUUUGGACCCAAAGCGAGGGCCCAUAAAAAAGGUCUUCGGCAACGAGCGCCUGCCGCCUAUCGCUACUUAACAGAGUUGGAUGUAAAGUACUUUAAUUCUUCAGCGACUAUUUGUUAGAUCAAAAUGGUGGCAAAAAUAACAUAAUUUCUUAUUACGUGAGAAACGGCUGAUAGAAAUCCAAUACCCACUACACUUUCUGGCCCUGUGAAGAGAGUCCAUUUAUUUUCUACCAUUUUGAUCUUCUUAAAAUCGUCGUCUACUUACUGUAUACAUAUCACUCACAUAUCGUAGAAUUUAACGCUCAACAUAAAAUUAGAAAGCUUUCAUAUUUUGAAAUAUUCACAAUGUUGUCGACGGAAACCCAUUGCAAGAUAUCGUUUGCAAUAUAUAUGUAUAUCUCUAGAGAGAAACAAUAUUGCAAACGAGAUGAUAAAUACGAUGUUUUCCAAAAAAGUUCCUUUUUGUUCGUUUUCGUCGUCCGAUCGACGAAAACG